UCUAAUCAAUGUCAAUAUCUGUCAGUAUCACGUGAACAAUACGAAGAUCUUCUCAUGUGAUCUUCCGAUUCCUCCCAUUUUUCGACAGCUCCAAAAACUCAUAUUUAAUAAAUAUUUCCCGUUUGUUUGCAAAAAGUUUGAAAAAAGAACAAUAAUCCGAUAAAAGAAAAAAUUAAUAAAAUGGGUGCAGCCGUGUUACCUGUAGUAAUUUUCACGAUACUCUGGGGCAUCGUGUUAUUCCUAGGAGUAGCUCUACCACUUUUCGUUCCUAAGGGACCAAAUCGUGGGAUACUUCAGGUUCUUUUAAUAUUGACGGGUUUUACGUGCUGGUUGUUCUGGUUGUGUUGUUAUAUGGCACAAAUGAAUCCACUGAUUGGGCCAAAAUUAGAUAAUGUAACAAUAUUAAUUAUGGCUCGAGAAUGGGGCAAAUCUAUUAUCAACUAAUGAACAUUUCAUAGUAAAAAUUUACUUUUAAAUAUGUAUAUCCAAUUCUUCAAUAUAUGUUACUUUUAAUAAGAAUGUAUAGCUGCAAAGAUAAAACAAAAUGUUAGAUGAUAUGUAUAAAUGGAAUCUUAUAUUGAUGUACAAGUAUAAUUUGGUUAUUAUUGAGAAUUUAACUUUUGUAUAAAGUAUACAUUAUUGCUAUUUAGAAAUGCAUAAGAAUUUUAAUGAUUAUAUUUAUCUGGAUUUAUCCAACUAUAUGUAUGUAUACGUAUCAAUAUUAUUUAUAUAACUUAUAUUUUUUGUUUGCUUGUGUCUCUAAAGCUACUUGCUCGUACAAAUCUUCGAGCCACAACAUGUCAAAUAUGAUACGCGCGAUUAUUUGGAACGUAUAAUUUUCUUUCAUGCGAUUAUUCCGCGAUUAUAUACCUAAUAUUAUAUCUUAGCGUCGCGACGAUACCAUAAUAUAAUAUAAAAAAGUAUAUAUAUAUAUACAUAUAUAUUACACAAGAUAAAUAUACUAUGUGCUGUAUAUAAUUGUGAAAGAAAAAAAAUUAAAACCAUGGUGUUUUAUAUUUA